CUGUCUUUGCCCUCUAAGAUCGCACAAGCCGCCUUCUUUCAGAUUCGCCAUCCCUGAUUGAUCAGACGACCAUGGGGAAAGAGUACCAAGGUCCGAAGCACUUCGGCCUUAGCGGCACCGCCCUUUCUCGCAUGAUCGGGUUUGCGGCUGGAGCCGGCUUCCUCCUCUUUGGUUUCGACCAAGGUGUCAUGAAUGCCCUUCUCACGCUACCGUCGUUCACCGAAGUCUUUCCCGAAAUUGACACUAGUGGCAAGGACGGCACUUCGAAUGAAUCGACCUUGCAGGGUCUCACGAUUGGUCUUUACGAAAUCGGAUGCUUGAUCGGUGCGCUGUCCUGCCUCUGGUUGGGUGAUAUGCUCGGUCGAAGAGCAAUCAUCUGGAUUGGCACCGUUUGGAUGAUCGUCGGUGCCAUCAUCCAGGCGUCUUCCUUCAGCCUCGCACAGCUCAUCGUUGGCCGCGUGGUCGGUGGAGUGGGAAAUGGCAUGCAUACGGCAACGAUUCCGAUGUGGCAAUCGGAAUGCUCGCCGCCUCACAAGCGGGGCAUGCUCGUCAUGGUGGAGGGUCUGCUCAUCACUGGUGGCAUCUGCAUGGCCUAUUGGAUCGACUUUGCUUUCUACUGGCUCGACCCUGCGUCGCGUAUGGAGCCGGGCACAUACAACCCAGAAGACUAUCCGCAUCGUUCGGCAUCGUGGCGCAUCCCAAUCGCUUGGCAGAUUCUCCUAUGUGUUCCCACUUUCAUCACCAUCUGGAUGCCCGAAUCACCGCGCUGGCUCGUCCUCAAAGGGCGCGAAGAGGAAGCAAGGCACGUUAUGAUGUCCCUUGAUGAAGUGCACGAGGAUGAUCCGGAAAUCGACAUCAAGAUCCAGGAGAUCAAGUACUCGCUCGACAAGGCCGCAGGCGUCGGCCUCAGCGAUCUUUUCAGACAAGGAAAAGAGAAGAACUUCCACAGAAUGACGUUGGCCUGGGUCAUUCAAAUGUUCCAGCAGAUCUCGGGCAUCAACCUCAUCACCUACUAUGCUGCUACCAUCUACGAAGAGAGAAUCGGCAUGUCGGCACUGAUCUCGCGCAUCGUCGCUGCCUGCAAUGGCACAGAAUACUUUUUGGCCUCUUUUGUGGCCAUCUGGACAAUCGAGAGCUUCGGACGUCGCAAACUGAUGCUCUUUGGAGCAGCAGGCCAGGCGAUCUCGAUGGCCAUUCUCGCAGGCACCACAUCCCCUGCUGCUUUGCGCCCAGAUGCUGACGGGAAUGCCACCAACAAUGCACCGGCUUACGUCGCCGCUGCCUUUCUGUUCAUCUUUAACACCUUCUUUGCUAUCGGCUGGCUUGGUAUGACGUGGCUCUAUCCAGCAGAGAUCACGCCCCUGUCCAUUCGGGCCGCUGCAAACGGUAUCUCGACCGCGUCCAAUUGGAUCUUCAACUUCUUGGUCGUCCUUAUAACUCCAAUCGCCUUUGCCAACAUCGAGUAUCAGACAUACAUUAUCUUUGCCGUCCUCAACACUGCCAUUUUCAUCUCGACCUACUUUAUCUUCCCUGAGACAGCCGGUCGCUCUCUUGAGGAAGUAUCUACCUUCUUCGAAAAGGCGAGCAUUUACAAUCCGUACGACGUCGUGCGGAUCGAAAAGCGUACGCCAAGGAUGUACGACCAGAAGGGAAGGCCUCUGGUCAACGAUUCUGGACAGAUUGAGCAUGGCUUCGAGGAGAAGAAUAGGUCCUCAUCGCCACAAGAGGAAGAGUCUUAGUGGAGUAUGCUUACAUCGACGAACCUAUGGCGCUCCUGAUGAUCCUUUCAAUACCUUUACGAUCAAGUACUUCACAGUCCCGAAACCUAGCCAUAUGAGAGCUUACCCCUUAUAUACAGUAUCUUUGAGUGAAAUCCAACUCCCUCCUUCUCUC